UGAGGCGCCUCUGUGUCGAGUUUUUAAAAGAGCUUUUCUAAUCUUAAAACUGCUAAGUGAAUUAGAACACGUCAGUCAGUCACUCAAGUCAGGUUUUAAAUACAAAAAUUCUAAAGUUCAUUCAACGUUCUAUUUCGAACACCACAAGGACACAUUUGUUUACAUAAAAGCGCCACAAGAAUUCUCAGGUGAGUCUGUGUUGUAUUUAAUGUUACUGCAGCAUCAUCUACUGGUAGAAAUAAGUCACGGCGCCGUACUCCAAUGCAGAGGCUCUAUUUUGUACCUCGUGCUUGCCGUAGUUUGCUAUAGUCCAAAAUGGCAGCAUCCUUGAGGACGUUUUGUACCGCAGUGUCGAGGCAGUCUAUUCGCCCAUUCUCAUCGUCGUGUGUGACCCUCGCAGGAAAGAAGUGGAGACUGGAAAAUGGUUUGGCACGCAGUGGAUCAGAAUAUGGGCCAUUAACAGACCUACCUGACUGGUCAUACGCAGAUGGAAGGCCUGCACCUCCAUUGAAGGGGCAGAUCCGCAGACAAAAGCAAAGAGAAGAGUUUGCUAGGAGAGCAGUGUAUCUCAGUGCAGAGGUGGAUGAAGGGAUGAAGCGAUGGCAGGAGAAGAAAGAAGAGGAGAAACAGAAAGAAGAGCAUGUGAAAUCCUUAUUGCUAAAACCUAAAGGAAAUUUAUUAAAGAACAAAAAAUAAAGAUACUUCAGCACAAAAAA